CUUUUGGGAGGUCAGCUGGAAACUGAAGAUCCUCUGAAUCCCAUCACAGGGGCUACACAUUAGUUCUGGCAGCAUCACUACUCUGGGCACUGAGUCACUUAAUCUCAAGGGAAUUUCAGUCCCCAGGGUUGGAAAAGAUGUUUUGUAUCUUCAUACAGAAGCCAUGGAGAGAAACAGUGCUGCCUUUCCGCAAGUGCUAGACCCCACACAUCACUUCCACAUAGCACUGCUGGAUCAGAGGCGGAGGCUACGUGGCCAAAUCGCUCACCUUCACAAGGCAGCUCAUAAACUCAACAAGCUCCGCAAGAGGUCCCUGAUUGCCAAUGUCAGCGGGAGCACCCUGACCGCCGCAGGAGCUGCCACAGCCAUCCUGGGGCUGUCCCUGAGCCCAGUGACGCUGGGAGCCUCUCUCCUGGCAUCAGCUGUGGGUCUGGGCCUGGCCACUGCUGGGGGGGCCAUCAGCAUCACAUCCGACCUCUCCUUAGUGCUCUGCAAUUCUCGGGAGGUGAGGAAGGUGCAGGAAAUUGCAAUGACUUGUCGGAAACAGAUGAGGGAAAUCCUUGGUUGCCUGGAGUUCCUUCGCCGGGGGCAGGGUCCAGGAGACCCUACACUGUGCCAGUCAGAGAAGAGGGCCUCCAUCUCGCUGUACAACUCCGUCUGCUUCAUGGUCUUCUGCGGCUCCCACAGUUUCCUCGUGCCAGAAUACACAAAGGAGGUCACAAAAGUAAGCCAGGCUGUGCUGAAGGCCAAAAUCCAGAAGCUGGCUGCCAACCUCGAGACCUGCACCAGGGCAAUGGAUGAAGUCUGUGACCUUCUUGAGUCCAGAACAGAGCUUUCCCCAUGCACAAGGGGACUCAACUUGGGUGCUAAAACCACUGCUGAGAUCCAGAGACCAUCCAGCUGAAACAGUGUUUGGCUCAUACUAAAAAUGGGUUUGGAGACAUUACAUUAUUAAUUGUGACCAUUAUCACUGCUACCUGUUGCUAUGGUAAAAUUUGUGGUGCUGGUGCACGAAGGUGCACACAUCUCGUGUGCUUUAUCUAUAUCUGAACACAAAGUCCUUCCUGAUAGGAAGCUAAGGAUUACACACACUCACAC